AUGGCGUCUGCUCAAAUAUCCGGCUCUCUCUACCCACGAGGUCCCUCACAAUGGCGUCAAAUCUUACGCGCCACUCUUCGCGAAUGCACCUAUCUCCCCGAUCCCGUCGCCCGGGCCUACAUGCAAGGCUAUGUUCUCAAACGAUAUCGUCACGGCUCAAAGAAGCCCGCCGGAAAGAAGUCCACUGACACCGAAGCCGACUGGGCUCGAACGGCCCGGAAAGGACUGUCUCUGAUUCAAAGAGCAAACGAAGGAUAUCAAAGACCAUUGGAGAAAGUUCUGUUCUGUUCAUACGGGCGCAUUGGGGAACAGCGGCAUAAAUUUUUAGACCGUUUACUGGCCGCCGAUGUUCCAACCGACGCCAAGUCCCUGAAGCAAUUAGUCGAUGGACCGCUGGAAUACGAAGAUGGCUGGGAGCCUCCGAUGAUUAUUCUCAGUCUCAUGAAGUCUCAAAUGAACAAUGGCCUCCUCUCAUCGAACCGUGUUCGGCCAAAUGUGAAAAGCCUCCAGCCAGCGAUACCCGAGAAGAACAGCUGGGGCCAGCCGCUCAGUCGUAACCGUCGCAGGAACAUGCGUAGGAAAUGGUACGCCGACGCAUUGAAUAGCGUACUGCCGCCGCUGCCGGAUCAAGAAUUGGCUGUUCUGGACGACUUGAUCUCGGGAGCUUUGCCAUGGGCGCCCAUUAAGCGAAGGAAGAAGACAUCUUCUACGGUGGCUCAGGAAGAUAGCCUCCUGGAGUUUCUGACCGACGGGCCGCAAAAAGGCUGGACCUUUGGCAAAUACGCCAAUGGCCGGCCGCACGAGAUCACCAACCGAUUUAUGCACCGUCAAUGGCGACGCAUCUCUUCCCUAAUUCCACGAAUGAAGUGGAAUCCGAUAUCCUCGAAAUGGCAGUUUUUCUGGGAUUCCCCCAAGAUUUCACCGCAGCUGAGCUUCAGUUUGACCGAAGGGGCGGAACUCGACGAUAUCUUUGUUUCCGGGAAACAGACAUCGGCGAAGGACUCUUCUGAGGACUUAAUAAAGCCUCAAACUUUACCAAGAACUGAAAGUUCAGGGACUCAAAUUCCUGGCUGA